UUGAGUGGUUUCUCGUUUCUGGGUGAAAUUGCAUGUAAAGAUUUGUUGUUCUACUGGUGUGUUGAUGUGAUGUUAGAAUGAGUGAGAAACAGACAUGGGUGAUAACUUAGCGUCACUAGUGGAGAAGAACAACUUUGAUGAGGUUAAAAGACUUUUGGAGUCGGGAUCCUCACCCGAUGCGUCUAAUUUCUAUGGAACUCCUGUACUGGUGACAGCUUGUGGGAAAGGGUUCCUAUCUAUUGCACAAAUUUUGGUAGAGAAAGGAGCUGAUGUAAACAAAACUGGUACUAGUGACGGUGGUACAGCUGCUCUAAUGGCUGCAGCAUCUCAUGGUGAUGAUUUCCUAAUUGUUAUGUUAUUAUCAGCUAAUGCUGAUAUUAAUCAGCAGUGUAACCGGAGUUGGAAGACAGCAUUGCAUUGUGCUGCUUCGUGCAAUCACUCCAAAGUUGUUCGUAUUCUGUUAGAGAAUGGAUGUGAUAGCAAUAUUAGAAGCCAGUGUGGAUUGACACCAUUGCAUUGCGCUACUCUCGAAAAUCACUGCGAAGUUGUUCGUAUUCUGUUAGAGAAUGGAUGUAAUGUCAAUAUACCAAACAAUGGUGGAGAGACAGCAUUGCAUUGUGCUGCUUACGACAAUCAGUCCAAAGUUGUUUGCAUUCUGUUAGAGAAUGGAUGUGAUGCCAACAUAAAAAACAAUGAUGGAGAAACUGCUCUUGAAAUAGCUGAGAAAGAGAAUAAGAAUGAUGCUGCCGAUGCAAUGAAGUCAUUUACUAUGAGUUCAAAACCUUCGUCUCCAUCACCGCCUUUAUCUCACAGCGGUGCUAUAAGCUCAACAGCAACAGCAGGAAAUGUUCAUUUCUGUCCACCAGUGACACAAAGAAUGAGGACCAGUACACCUACGCUAGAACCUCCAAGACAACUGGCUGGAAAAGGAGAUGAACAAGUAGUAGAGCAACAGAUUCAACAGAUAGAACAACUGAGAAUGGAAGGUUCAUCAAACGAUAGAGAAAUUGCUGAAGCGACGCAACAAACUGUUGCUAUUCGUGUCGACAGAAAAACGCAGCAACCAACUGCAAAAGCAGAAGCCGAGAAAAAAUGCACAGAUGAUGAAAUUGUGAGAGUAGCCAGACUAGUUUCUUGUUGGGAGGAGCUCGUUUCUCUGUUGUCACCAAAAUUAUUUUCAGUCGGAGUUAUUGAUAACAUAAAGAAAGCAGACCAACAACCGUUUAUGCAAGCUCGAAAAGCAUUAGCUAAAUGGGCUGAUUACAUGGUCGACAAAGCUAGUAGAAGAAUGAUGAUCAAGACAAUGUGUGUCGACAUGAGUUUGAGAGCACAAGCUAUAUAGAGAAGUUUUUGGUGCUAAUUUGGUAGAGCAGGUUUGUCCACAGCAAGAAUUAUUAUAAUUUUACUGCAUUAAUAAUUUGCAGCCAAAAACAUUUUAUGGUACUUUAUCAAGUUUAGUCUUUUCAGUUUAAUAGAAUGUCUUGCCUAAUUGACCAGACCGUCUAGAUGCGGACAUGUGUUACGAAGAAUUCAGUCGUUGUUAUUUAAAAUUAAGUGUUUUAAGUAGGUUUCUGGGGUGGAGAGAUCAUCAGUGACAAAGUUAGUGCAGGGAUGUGCUACUUUGAAUUC